UUUCACUGUAAACGAACUUCACGCGGUUUGAAAGCGUCUCUAAGAAUCUUCCCUUCGAGCCGACGAGGAUCUGCAGACGUGAACAACUUUCUGUUUUGGUUCCCGAAGCUGUUUGUGUUACAACCGGAGCCGCGGCGGCUCCCAGGAGUUUUCAUUAACAGGUAAUCACCUGAUGACCCGACGUCCACCAGUGGGCAGGCAGCACCGGACGUGAUGUCAUCGCAGCGGAGGCUCCCGAUUGGACGGUGGAUUCCCCGGCAGCAGCUAUAAAACCUGAUGUGAAGCCAGAAGAAGACAAAGAGGGACGAGGACGAGGUUCAGCUCACAGCCGAGAUGUCGUCCUGCAGCCGUUUGCUGUUCUGCUGCCUGCUGACCUUCAUCAGCGUCCUGCACUGCAGAGUCCUGCAGCUGCCCGACCAGCACGUAGACCGGUCCCUGUCGAGGUCCCGCCCCCGGGGGGUGAAGGUGGGGGAGGAGCUGACGGCGAAGCUGCUCCGACUGGACGACCUGGUGAGGAUGGAGAACGACGUCAUGGAGCCCAAGAGGAAGAGGAGUUUCCCCGGCAACAACGCGCCGCUGGACCGCCUGUCCAUCAGCUCCAUGGAAACCAAACAGGCGACGAACAAGCAGAGUAAGGUGGCAGAGUUGCCGCGGCGACGAGCCAACCCGCCUCCCAUCGACAGGAUCGGCAUGAGCCGCCUACCGAACAGCCGAGGAUAGGCCACGCCCCCUGCCACUGAGAGCCUGCCCCUCUCGCCAGCGCCCUCCUCUGGACAGAGGAAUCACAGAUGCAUGAACCGCAGCCAAUCACCCGCUGAGCCACGCCCACCGCCUCACCAGGACACGCCCACCCCUCAGCGUUCAUCGACGGUGCAUUCAGGUGCAGCUCGGUUAGUCGCGUAGAAGAAGCCGUCAGGACCAAAGCUUGUUGUGUUUUUUUCUGAUCGUCGGUUCGUUUGAGUCUUAACUUGACAGCAGCCGUUGUUUCCGUCGCGAUUCAGCAGCUGAGCUUCAAAACGAGACGACCUGCGGCGCAGCGUCUCCACAAAAUAAACCCGAACCCGACGCACGGCGCCCCCUGGAGGCCGCGGUGAGACGUUUCUGAGCUGCUUCAAGACAAACAGCCAUUUUACCCUCAGUGCCGUCUGUCAGGCACAAGUCUUCUUACAUCAACUGACCGCAGCGUAAACAUGUCCAGGAGUCAACAGGAAGAGAUUGUUUCAAGUCUGUAAAGUCGCAGUUUGUCAUGAAGACAGUAAAGUUUUAUGUUUGUGUGAAUAUGAACCAACAUGGCCGCUGCUACCUCGACACAUUUCAAAAUAAAAGCAGAAAAAAAAUAACUAAAGAUGUGAAAAUCUGCAAGUCUUUAAAUGUAAACCUGUUUUACUUUCUACCUACCGACUAGUUGACCAGCUCGUCUACUGACUCGUCUACUGACUCGUCUCCUGACUCGUCUAACUACCGAUGACGUGUCUUCAGUUGCUCUGUCGGCUUGCAAAGUUGAAAAGUUUCGUUAUUUAUUCCUAAUUUUAGCCUCAAACUUCAGCAGUUUACAGACAAACUGAUCUUUUGAACUCACAAACAUCGUGUGUGCUGCCUUCAGAGGGAAACUAGUUUUAACGGUUUGACUCCUGCAGCAGGCGUUUGUCUGUAAACCUGUGAAAGCUGCUGAACUCUAAUCAAUGAUCAAUAAACGUGUUUCACUGAACUGUUAGAACGGAAUUCACUGCUCAUGUGGAUAAAAUGCAACGAACAGCAGGAAAACUUUGCAGAAACAUUCCCACCGCGACCUUCAGGGGCUCCGGAACAACGUCAAAGUAAUCUAUUACAAGUAAAAGUACUCACUCUGUAGAAAGCAUGAAAAAAAAAAUAAAUCUGAAUCUUUACCGCUGAUGUGAAGUCUUAACCUGAAAGAAGCUUCUCUGUUAAUCACCA